GCUUGCCAUCCAUCGGACUCUUGCACUGGUCGGGUCCGCAUAACCCUUGAUUUGCCGUCUCCUGGUCUAUAGAAGCACUCAUGAGCGCCGUGUGCAUACAACGUCCCAAAAUGGGUUCGUCACAACCGCCUGGCGGCAAUGCGCCAUUUGGUUAUCAUAUCUCAGAUCAGGACUUCCUGUUUCUCAGGGCCCCUACGCCCCCCCCGGGAGACCCUUUACUGAGCCACGACGAUUCGAGACUGCUGAACCUCUUCUUCGAGGACAUGACGUCCAACCAGUACCCCACAUCAUAUGGUGAAGGACUUAACUUCAGCGAACAGUGGAUCAGUCAGCUUCCACCCGCCUUUUUAGGCCAUACUACAUCCUUUGGACAGCAGCCUCAGCAGCCGUCGGUCUCGCCCCUAGGUGGAAUGCCCACCGCGACCUUUCAAGAUGUGUUUACCUUUGGUCCAAACGUGAUGCCGCCGCCGCCGCCGCAGCCGUCUUUACAGCUUCAACAUUCACACCAGCACCAGCACCAGCACCAGCAUCAGCACCAGCACCACGACACCCCGGUCUCUCAUACGCCGAUUGAGCAGAAUGCCCACGCGGAUGUUGCCGCAGUGCUAACAUCGCUCCAUCAUGGCCAUCAGAAUGGGCACACACUCAGUUCCAACGGCGUAAUUGCUCGUUCCCCGGUCGUCCAAUCCCAGCACGGCGGUAGUCACCUGAACCAAAUUAGGUCGACGUCUCGAAAUCACCUCAACCCAGAUCGAAAUAGCCCAGCUCGACAUAGAUAUAGCAUGUCGAACGAUGCUGAUACGCUUUUCGCCGACAUGGUAUUUGGAGCCCCGCAUGAACCACCUACUCAACGACAGGUGGAAACGACAGACUUGCAAUGGGGUUCCGAUUCUGGAUUUGCUAGGGCACAAGGAUAUGUUCCGCCCGAUAAUGCGUACAGCGAGAUCCUUGAGCAAAAGAGAUUGGGUGUCCUGAAGGUCUUCUCGAUCAGCGAUAGCGCUGCUACUACCCGGCCUUCAUCUCCCGUGCCUAAUGGGGAAAGCUCAUCGAAUGCUGCACCCAGCGGGAAUUCGGAUAGCCAAGUCGACGUUAAAGAAGAAUAUGACACCGAACCUCGACCAGCGAAGCGCCGCAAGAGCAAAGCCAAGGCGAAAGAGGAGGCAGAGCGGGAUAGAGAUGAACCAGCAGCCGUUCCAGCAAAAACCGCUAGAAAACGUAAAUCGAAACCAGACCUUAGAGGGGUUGCGGAUGUGUCUUCGGCGGUGGUCCAAGAGACCCCGGGGAAAAGGAGAAAAUCUGCCGCGAACUUGGUCAAAGCACCGCGAGAAAACCUAACAGACGCGCAAAAGAGGGAAAAUCACAUCAAGAGCGAGCAGAAGAGACGAGGGGCGAUAAAAGAAGGGUUUGAUGACCUAUGCGAGAUCGUUCCUAACCUUAAGGGAGGUGGCUACAGCAAAAGCACAAUGUUAUCAAUAGCAGGGGAGUGGCUCGAGGUUCUAGUCAAGGGCAAUGAAGAGCUGAGCCGGUGAUGGAUCUCUCCUGGGCUUGUGAUGUUUUGAAUACUGUGUAAGAACACAAAGCUGGGAGCCCGUGAUCUCCGGCGUUGGGUUGGAGUUGCAUUUGGCUUUAGGUUUGGUCGCCACGGGCCAGACGAAUAAAAGUUCCGAGACGGCGGCAGGGCGGCAUUCUUAUUCUUAUUUGGGUACUUUAUGGGCUAUUGAUACCUUGGGAGGUUCCGCUACGGGACGCCGCGACUGGAAUUGGGGGCGGAUCGUCUCGGG